ACAGUCAAUUGCAGACUACCUCAUCUCGACAACUUCUCCAUCUACUUUUUCAACUCACUUAUACGCUUCAACAUUCACAAUGGCCGCCCUCGCCAAGCCCGUUGCUACCCCCAAGGUUCUUCCCAUCGUCAUGGCCGUCGGAAGCUUCGCCAUCGUCGCCGGCUUCGUCCGCUCCCAACUCGCCAUCACAUCAGCCAAGUUUGACCGAUCCUUUGACAAGUACAACACCCCCGAGAGCGAGGCCUCGCGGGCAAGGACAUUUGACGGUGCUGUCGAGAACCCCCGAACCAGCCUGUUCAAUGCCCUCGGCCGACGACAGUAGACGACAACAAUAUCUGAGGGGAUGGAAAUCUUUUUACUGCGUACAUAUUCACAACGCUGAGCGUUCUUUAUUAUUAUCACCAAACACCACCCGGAUAGAAAGAGGUGGAAUGGUUGACAAGGUUGGCUGCAUUUGAUGAGCAUCGAUACCACAAAUUCAUACAUACACAUAAACAUGAGCAUUCAAU